AUGGCCAGCUUCUCCCUCCUUCCGGCUGAGCUAGUCGAAUUUGUCGCGUCGUACUCGACGCAAGCCGACCUGUACGCCUUGUCUAGAGUCAACAAAAGCCUCAGCACACUGGCCAUGCCCUACCUGUAUCGCCAUGUUGACCAAGUCAUACAUCCAGGCGAGAAGAUCCCGCGCAUCGACAGGUUCUGCUUCAACAUCCUGAAUGACCCUCGGCGAGCGGCACGAGUUGAAACACUUCGCCUGGGUCCGUCAUCAGAGAACGGUGUCAAAGAAGGCCAACGCUGGCUUCCCAAGGACAAACACUUCGACGACGAGGCCUUGUAUGAGAAGGCCAUGGUCGCUCUGAGCGACGAAACAUUAAUCACCAACAAAGACUAUCUGCGAGACGCCAUCAUCCAACGUGAAUACUCUGCAUACGCAACACUGAUCGUGCUGACUCUACCAACGCUGCAGCAGCUGGACAUAGCAGACUUCGCGUACGCGACUAUGGACCGUCUCCACACCGUUCUACGCAACCUCAACGUUGAACGAGCCUGGAACAAACGCCUUGCGUCGCCAGCGUUGCUGAUGCGACUCUCUGGUAUCAAGUCGGUGUCUUGCAAUUUCGAUAAGCAGUCUGGGCUUCCGUAUUCCAACGCGAGAGGUCGCCUCAAUCUCGAUCAGAUCCUUAAUCUGCAUGGUCUUAACAGCUUGGAGUUCUCAGUGACCGAAAGGCAGGAAGCAAUGCGCAGAGCCCUGAACCCAGGUCUAAUGGCUCAUCUACCGAAUCAACAGUUUGUUAGUCGGGUUCGACCGACACAAAUCACAAGAGUGGUUGUCAGACACUCCCCAUCGUGCGCUCUAGCUGUGCGUGCGCUACUCGCCUGCACCCCACAGCUUCAGUCCUUCACGUAUGACAUCUCUUAUGAUUCCCUCGACCGCAAUGAAGCGCCAGACCGUUGGAUUGAUCUUGAUGCCUGGAACACAUCACUGAACGCUGUCAUGUGUACUCUCAAAAUCCUGGUAUUUGCAGUCGAGUAUUUUGAUUCGGGAAAGUACGCGUUCGAGCAACCGAGAAUUGGACCCCGAUUGUAUGGCUUCCUCAACCUGACCGGCUUUGAGAAGUUGCACACUGUGGAAGUUCCCAUACCUUUCCUGACCGGCGACGUCGAGUUCUCGAUCACUGCAGAUAUCUAUCCACUGCUCCCUCCCAAUUUGAGGCACCUGUCUCUACGUCUUGACCUGUCUCAUGCGCAGCUAUCGUACCAAUUGGACACGUCGAUACUGCCUCAAGACUUAACUUUGCAGCAAUCCCAAGCCGAGGCGCGAUGCACAAUGAGCGCACGGAUGGAUUUGUCUUAUACCUACCAUGCUACUCUCGCUCUACUCGAACACGCAACAAACCUAGAAAGUAUCUCAGUAUGGCAGCCUGCAGACCCGUCCCUCACGUGGUUUGAAGGGCAGGUAGCCGACUUCGCGACAACGUGCAGAAACAAGUCGGUUACUGGUUUCAUGCUAUUUCCCAUGCUACUCCGUCGGAGGAAGCCAGAACACCGAGAUCUAGUCGAGGAGAUUAUGUUUAGCCCGUCGGGGUCCAAGGUUAACCGUCUUGAGCGCCUGCAAAGACAAGAGCGCGCAGGGAUACCGUUGGGGUUGGCAUCGCAGUACCAUCUCCGUGGCUUGCAAUCUCAUCUCGUUCGAAAUCGGUGA